AUGCUUUUUUUUGUUUAUAACGAAGUUGCUGCCUCUCCUUUGCUAGGUGCAGCAGCAGCAGAUCAGUUUGCUGCUGCUGCUGCAUGUGGCUUUGCUGCUGCGUUUGUCGCUGCUGCUGCUGCACUUCUUCGCUCUUCUUUAUUCCUUUCCGCCACUCUUCUAGCAGCCAGGCAGCAUCAGCAGCAACGGGCUCCACUCCUGCUGCUGCAGCAGCAACAACAGCAGCAGCAGCAACAGCAGCAGCAGCAGCAGCAGCAACAACAGCAGCAGCAACAACAGCAACAGCAGCAGCAACAAUAG